GCGGGCGCCUGGCCCCACGGGCCGCUCAGCUGCAAGGUGCUGGCCUUCCUGGCCGUCCUCUUCUGCUUCCACGCCGCCUUCCUGCUCUUGCGUGCCAUCGCCCACCACCGCUUCUACGCCAAGCGCAUGACGGGCUGGACCUGCCUGGCGGUGGUGUGCAUGGUCUGGACCCUGGCCAUGGCCAUGGCCUUCCCGCCCGUCUUCGACGUGGGCACCUACAAGUUCAUCCGGGAGGAGGAGCAGUGCAUCUUCGAGCACCGCUACGUCAAGGCCAACGACACGCUGGGCUUCAUGCUCAUGCUGGCCGCCGUCAUCGCCGCCACCCACCUGGUCUACGUCAAGCUCCUCUUCUUCAUCCACGGGCACCGCAAGAUGAAGCCGGCCCAGCUGGUCCCAGCCAUCAGCCAGAACUGGACCUUCCAUGGCCCCGGAGCAACUGGGCAAGCGGCGGCCAACUGGACAGCUGGCUUUGGUAGGGGCCCUACCCCACCCACCCUGGUGGGCAUCAGGCAGGCCACCCACAGCCAAAUCAAGAGGUUGCUGGUGCUGGAGGAAUUCAAGAUGGAGAAGAGGAUCUGCAAAAUGUUCUACAUGAUCACCCUGCUCUUCCUGCUGCUCUGGUCCCCCUACAUCGUGGCCUGCUACCUGCGGGUCUUCAUCAAGGCCAGCACCCUCCCGCAGGUCUACCUGACUGCUUCGGUCUGGAUGACAUUCGCCCAGGCGGGAGUCAACCCCAUCCUGUGCUUUAUCUUCAACAAAGAGCUCAGGGUCUGCUUCAGAGCUCAUUUCCCCUGCUGCCAAAGCAUCCAGAGCACGCAGGGCACCAUCCUUUGUGAUCUGAAGAGCUUUGGGAUGUAGGGUGGCUUUUCUUAUCACGAAAAAAUGAAUCCUUUCCCAUAUUUCUGCACAUGCACUCAAGUGUUGUUUCUGAGGAAAUUCAAAUCAGCACCCAGCCCCCAAACUUUUAGCUGUAAGAAGCUAUUGUUUAUUUUUCUAUACUCUGCAUAUGCUGUCUUCAAAACAUAAGAAAUUGCUGCCUAUGGGGCUACUUUAUAUGAACAAAAUACCCCAACACUUAGGCUGUAAGAAGCAGUUUUAUUUGUCUUUGUGUGGUUUUUAAAAACAAAACAGGGCUCCAAGUUUCUGGUCUUGCUUCUAACCUUUGUAGGUGUGAUUGCACCUGAUCUAGCUAAAAGGCCAUGGUAGUUUUGUUCCUUACUCCUGUCUGUUUUGAUAAAGGCUUGACAGUUUUAUUCAGGAUUUGAUAAAGGCCAAGACAAACAUUUUAUACUAAAGUUAUUUUUGAUGACUUCACAGGUAUUGUUUUCUUAUUUGUUUUGAAGUCAAGAAGUCAGUUUUUAUGGGGAGCUGUUGAGUUGGCAUUCUCAAGUGAUUUUAAGUAUUGAAAGCAGUGAUGUAAUUUUUGCCUGAAAUGCAAACACAGUGUAGAACGAUAUUCUUGUUGCACUACUCAUUUGGUAAUAUUUCAUAAUUCUUUGUGACGUGAUUUUAAAAUGAAUCUCAACUUUAAAAAUGAUCAAUUAUAUCAGUUUUUAAACUAGAUUGAAUUCAUAUUUUACUGACUUUGUAGGAAGUUAUCUACAAAACUGGGUCACAUACUUGUACAUUUUGACUGUUUUCUUUAAUAAAAGACUAAACUUUA